UAACUUUUAUAAUUAAAUUAAAUUAAUUUAAUAUUUAAUUUUCAGACUAGAGAAAACUUUGUUUCCUAUUACUUUUUCAAAAUGGCGGGGAUACCCAGAAGAAAUGUUGCUACACUAAAAAUAUUAUUCCAUACAGUAUUUACACCUUGUACGUGGUGUUAGGCCGCCUGUUAUGGUUAAUGAUGAGUUAAUGCAUUUUUUAGGGUUCCGUAGCCAAAUGGCAAAAAACGGAACCCUUAUAGAUUCGUCAUGUCCGUCUGUCUGUCCGAUUAUGUCACAGCCACUUUUUUUUUAUUAUAGCUGUCUUUGUAAACAGAAUGUCAAAACUGUCAAAAGUAGUUGUUUACGUUUUCUAUUUUACUCGUUUCCUCGAUAAAUUUCCGUUUUACCUUGAGAUAUUAAAAGGAAUAAAGGUGAAACAAAUCUUAAAUAAGAAUAAUAAUACGUAUUCGUUAUGGAAAAUCUCAGAAACAUUUGGAAACCCGAACUAUAUCGCAUUCAAUUAGAAGCCCCGAAGCCGCACCGUAUAAUUUGCGAGAACUGCCCAGAUAAACCCGAGUUUUACGGCAAGGAAUACCAUGGCAUUAUGGGUCACAAAGAAGCAACUUUACGAUUAAAAAAUGAACCGAAUGGUGCAUAUCUUAUUAGAAAAGGAAAUGAUUUUAAUGACUUUUACACCUUAACAUGGAGGUUCGAUGACAAAAUCCAUCAUUACAAGCUAUAUUACGAUGGCACCCACUACCUCAAAGACAAGCGGUAUGACUGCAUCUAUGACCUGGUGGCGGAUGGGCUCAUCACAACGCACAUGGAGCUUAAAGCGCGACACAUCCUAGAGAUGAUCAACUCACGAACUAGCUAUACAGAGAGUCCUUAUGUCACAUUGAACAGACGGAAAUUAAACACUUUGCAAAGAAAGCAGCAAGUGAGCAGACAACUCCCAAUAACAACUACAGACAAUACAAGCACCUUAGAACUAGACAAGAAGCCUGUGUUAGACCUCACACCCUCACUUGAAGACAAUCCUCUGCUUAAUAAAUACUCUAAAAGCCAUACCUUUAAGGUUCACACAUUCAAGGGCCUGAAUUGGUGCGAGCUGUGUGCUAAUUUCCUAUGGGGAUUCACUGCACAAGGUGUUAAAUGUGAAGAUUGCGGCUUCAUAGCCCAUUCAAAAUGCUCGGAACGCGUGCCAAACCACUGCGUACCCGACUUGAAGAAGAUCCGUGGCGUAUUCGGCAUAGAUCUGACAACGUUGCUGAACGCGCACUCUAGCACGUUGCCGUUCGUCGUGCGCAAGUGUGUGAGCGAGAUAGAAGCCAGGGGCAUGGAUUCUGAGGGCAUAUACCGGGUGUCUGGGUUCGCUGACGAGAUUGAAGCGUUGAAGAUGGCUUUUGACAAAGACGGUGAAGCAGCCGACCUGAGCCCGUUCAGCAACAUAAACGUAGUCGCCGGCACCCUGAAGUUGUACUUACGAUUGUUACCCGUGCCUCUAAUCACCUACGACGUGCACCCCAAGUUCGUGCAAGCUACGCAAAUGAAGACCCCGUCAGACCAAGUGGGCAUGCUGCGAGAAUGUUUGGAACUUUUACCUAAAGCUCACUACAACUGUCUGCAAUAUGUGGUGCAACAUUUAUACAGGGUAUCCCAAAUGUCAGAGGUGAAUAAGAUGGGGUCGCACAAUCUGAGCACUGUACUAGCACCCACACUCGUAGCCACGCCCCCUGCCGUCACCGACCUGUCGUUCGAGAUCCGCGCGCUACAAGCCCUCAUCGACUACUGCCCUGCAAUAUAUUAUCAAAACAAGUGAAUAAUGAAACGAUUCGUCAAACGAUAAUAUUUAGACCAUUCGACGCGACUUCCGUCCGUCAGAUCCGGCUCGAAGGACUAUAUCAAAGAUGGAGUCGCAUUAUUUGAGAAAUAUGUUAGCACCCAUCACAGCAAGGGAAUUUUAUAACGAUUUUACAGACACGAACAUAUCUAAACCAUUCGAGGUGACUUUACCUUCAAAUCGGGCUCGAAAGACCAUACGAGCUUAUCUAACAAAAUGGGGUCACUGACCUUCUCUGAGAUUUCUACAGGCUCUCAUCGACUACUGCCUUGUCAUCUAUUAGCAAAACAAGUGAAUACUGUAACCAUUCGACACACAAUCAUAAAGCAUUCGAUGCUACUCUCAAAUAGAGAUAGAAUACCAUAUAUAACGAAAUGAGGUCACUGACCUGUCGGAGAACUGGGCUCCCUCGACCAUUUGCCCUUCUAUAUAUUACCAAAUCAAGUAAAUGAAGUGAGAGUACUGGUUUGACAGGCACAAGCACAUUAAAUACAUUUGAUACCUUCUGAUCUAGCUCGAAGGACCAUAUUGAACAAAAUGAGAUCACUUCACUGGCCUUUCCUUCGAAUUCCGCGCGGAUUCAUAUAUGAUGAUUGGUAGAAAAGUCAAUUUGUAUAUCAUAUAUUUAAUAAUUACUGUUUGAUUUAAGUAUGUAUGAUUAUGUUUUUAUGUUAUAUAUUUAUUAUACUUAGUUAAUUAAGAAAUAAGGUAAUAUAUAUUAUAUAACUAAAUACGUCUAAAGAUUAUUACAACCAAAGGAAAUUAAGGACGAAAUACAUGUGCAAUUCAUGUUGUUAAAAAUCUCAUAGAAAUUAAGGUAUAUUAUUUCCUGUUUAAAAUUGUGAUAUUACACUAUUGGUCUUUCAAAAAGAUAUUCGUUUAUGACCAUUCCAGGUUGUGUUAUAAGUUUAGGUUAUACUUAUUACUUAGACACAGACUUACAUAUAAGAGUAACAAUUAAUAUAGUGUUUAUUUAGUCACCUGCAAUAAUUUAUGGGGUGAAUAUAUAGAUCAUACUGAGCAACUUUUACUAUGGUACCAACCACGAAAUCGCGAAAACAAAUUCAUACAUUUUGGCUGUCUGACCUUGACAUUUUCUAUGGGAAAGUUAAAAUUUUAUCGCGAUUUCGAGGUAGGUCCCAUAGUAAAAGUUGUUCAGUAUGACCUAUAUAUUCAGCUCGUAAAUUAUUGCAGGUGACUAAAUAAACAUCCUGUAUAACAAUCCUGACAAACGAUUUGAUAAAGACAAAUGUAUCUGCUUGCAAAUUAGUAGUUUAUCAAAGAAGCGAAUUAUUCAUAAACGCAUUAAAAGCCUGAAUUAGCUAUGAAUCGUUUGUCUUUAUCUGUCAUUUUGACUUAUGUAUUUGUAAGAAAGGGAUAAAACAUAAUUUAACUAAUUCAGGCUCGUAAAGUUUUUAUGAAUAAUGGGGUUAAUCGUCCUUUUGGACAACAAACAAAACAAUUGCUAUACUAUUUUAAUUUAACACAAACUCUUGAGAAUAGACACCUCAAAGGUUUACUUAAAUAUGUAGUUAUGUACUACAGAUAUACUAUCAAAAACCUCUCGCCAAUGAAGCGCUACAGUGAGCUGCGAAAUCGCAUGGAUAAAUUAUGAAUUCAUUCAUAAGUUACCAUGCACUUUUAUGGCUGGUGGUACAUUUGGUACAUAGUUUUAAAAUCCAUUUUAUCUUGGAUCUCACGAUGCUUUUAUCACAAUAGUAAAUUGAAAAUGCAUUUAAUUAUUUUGCGAAUGUGUCACUAAGCCUUAUACAACAAAGUCUCCCAUUGCGUCCGUCUGUCUGUGUGUUCGCGAUAAACUCAAACACUACUGAACGGAUUUUCAUGCGGUUUUUACCUAUCAAUAGUGAUUCUGGAGGAAAGUUUAGAUGUUAAUUUGUUAAGGUUUUGUGUAACACAUGCCAGGGCGAAUCGCUAGUAUAUAUAUGUAUACACCAAUAUAUUUAAGUUUAACGUUUUUUAUACUUUUUUAUAUUUAUGUAAUAACAAUACGGAUGAACUGAAGUAUUAAAUAAAAGUAUUAAUCAUC